CUUCCAAGCUAGAAAAUAUGGGUUGGGUUCAUCGUACCAAUCUCAAGGUGGCGCGGUCGCCAGUUGGGCGAUGGUUCCGUCUAGAGAAUUCCGGCCAUCCCCAAGAACGAAAGGGAAGCUUCUUCUUUACCGAAAUUCGGGCAGGAUUGGCGACCUUCUUCGCGAUGGCGUACAUCAUUAGCGUCAAUUCCACCAUCACCUCCGAUUCGGGCGGCACAUGCGUUUGUCCACCGGAGAGCUGGGCCGACAAGUGUAAUUCAAACACCGAGUAUCUGCUAUGCGUGCAGGAAGUUAAACGGGAUCUGGUCACGGCCACCGCAGCCAUUGCGGCGCUGGGAACGUUCUUCAUGGGUUUGCUGGCGAAUCUGCCGGUAGCGUUGGCACCUGGAAUGGGCCUGAACGCAUACUUCGCCUAUACAGUGGUUGGACAUCACGGAUUUGGAAUGAUCCCAUAUCGCGUCGCGGUGACAGCGGUGUUUGUGGAAGGAUUUGUCUUUUUGGCCCUGACCCUCAUGGGAAUCCGGCAGUGGUUGGCCCGAGCAUUACCGGCAUCGAUUAAACUGGCGACGGGUACCGGCAUUGGCUUGUAUUUGACCCUCAUUGGAUUGAGCUACAGCGCCGGAAUUGGCCUGGUCACCGGCUCGACGGACACUCCGAUGGAACUUGCCGGAUGUCAUUCUUCCAUGCGUGAUCCCACCACGGGCAUGUGUCCUGCGAGCGACAAGAUGCGCAACCCCACCAUGUGGGUUGGUAUCUUCUGCGGCGGUAUCCUGACGGCAAUGCUGAUGCUGUACCGCGUCAAGGGUGCAGUCAUCAUCGGUAUUCUGUUGGUUUCGAUCAUCUCCUGGCCCCGUCCGACACCCGUGACGUAUUUCCCGCACACAGAAUUGGGCGACAGCAAUUUCGAUUUCUUCAAACAAGUGGUAACGUUCCAUCCGAUUAAGCAUACACUCGUGGCGCAGGAGUGGGACCUCUCAGGACAUGGCACGCAGUUUGGAUUGGCGUUCAUUACCUUCUUGUAUGUUGAUAUUCUUGACACUACGGGUACUCUCUACUCUAUGGCGCGCUUCGCUGGUGCGAUCGAUGAGCGUACUCAGGACUUCGAGGGCAGUGCUUUCGCCUAUAUGGUGGACGCAAUCUGUGUCUCGAUCGGCUCGCUUUUUGGCACCCCUCCCGUGACAGCCUUCGUCGAGAGUGGUGCUGGUAUCUCGGAGGGGGGUAAAACCGGUAUGACCUCGUGUGUGACCGGCCUCUGCUUCUUCAUCGCUGUUUUCUUUGCCCCGAUUUUCGCCUCGAUUCCUCCCUGGGCGACCGGGUGCACCCUCGUCAUUGUCGGUGCCCUCAUGUGCAAGGCUGCCGCCGAAAUUAACUGGAAGUACUACGGUGAUUCCAUUCCGGCCUUCCUCACUAUCGCCAUCAUGCCUUUCACUUACAGCAUCGCUUACGGCUUGAUUGCUGGCGAGCUUUGGACGCUUGUGCCGCCGAAUAAGGAUGAGAAAGAUGCCUGGACCUAUAAGCUCCCUGGUGGUUUCUUCCCUCCUUGGGUCAAGAGAGCUGCGAGAGGGAAAAAGAAGUUCUGGCAGCCGGAUGAGGAAAAUGAGGGUGUCGUGCCGGACGGGUCGGUGUCCAGCAAUGACCGCGGGGAGAAGUCCGGGUUUAAGAGCAAGAGUGGUAUUGUUUGA